UUUUCAGAUAAAGGAGCUAUGGAAACGUCAGAGCACCUUUAUCCUUGGCAAUGGCGGUGGUGGUCCGUUGCUCCUCCUCCGUGCUCUUCCGCCCAGACGCUGCGACGUCCGACCGCCUUGCACCUCCGUCCGGCAGAUUUCACCUUCAGGAACAUGUCUCUGGUAAGUUGGAUUCUGUUCCUUUGAAAAUAAGAAAGCUUAUGUCAUCCUUUGGGGCUGCUCCUGCUGAAAAUUACAAGGGUAAUCGAGGCCUUCUUGGCAGGCACAAUAUGCCAAUGGGAGUGAAUUUUGCAAAUUCAUUCACCUCAGAAAGAACUUGUGUUAAUGACCACACACAACUAGAUUAUUACCCCACUCUGGAAGGCUUAGUUGCUCAUCAGGUGACUCUUCUCAGAAGAUACCCAGCUGCGGUGCUUAUUGUUGCCAAUGGGUUGAUGUUAACCACACCCUUUAAAGCUCUGGCAGAAACGUGUGAGGCAGAUAGAUCUGUUUUCGAUAUGCCCUUACUGUUAUUUGUAGCCCUUAUAGGGGCCACGGUUGGAGGACUACUUGCAAGACAGAGGAAAGCAGAAUUGCAGCGGCUGAAUGAGCAGCUGCGCCAGAUCAAUGCAGCUCUAAGAAGGCAAGCAAAGAUAGAGUCUUAUGCCCCCUCUUUGAGUUAUGCUCCUGUUGGUGGUAGAAUACCGGAAGAUGAAGUAAUUGUUGAUCCAAGAAAGGAGGAGUUGAUUUCUCGUUUGAAAUCUGGAAAGAACUUUUUGAGGAAUCAAGACCUAGAGAAGGCAUUUGUGGAGUUUAAGGCAGCUCUUGAACUUGCGCAAGGUUUAAGGGAUCCAAUUGAGGAGAAGAAGGCUGCAAGAGGUUUAGGAGCCUCACUGCAAAGGCAAGGAAAAUACCGAGAAGCUAUUAAAUACCAUUCCAUGGUUUUGGGAAUCUCGGAUAGAGAGGGAGAGGAUUCUGGGAAUACUGAAGCUUAUGGAGCAAUCGCUGAUUGUUACACUGAGCUUGGAGAUCUUGAGCGAGCUGGGAAAUUCUACGACCAGUAUAUUGCGCGGUUACAAUCAGACUGACUUCUGCAUUUCCCUGGUAGGCUUUCUUCUUGUUCUUUGCUUUUACCCCCAAAAUAAUGUACCUAGAUGGAGAGUAUCUGUAAGGGAUUUGAUACUUUGAAGACCAGUUCCAGUUGAGACCUUUUUGCAAGUUAAUCUUUUCAA